AUGGAAGCUACUAACAGGAAAGACCUGGAUUUCAAGGUAGCUUUCAAAAUUGCUACCUCAACAGAGUUGGCCGCCAGCGAAGCAACCCAAUUGAGUGAUGACACCCGGGUGCAUCAAAACCUUUUGCCAAGUCCAUCAGGAGAGGUGCCUGAGAUAAGCCUGAGACUGGUGGCUGUGCCAAGCAGCGGAAGCCUGCAGGUCAAAUCCUCCCUAUACAUGGAUGACAUUGCUGUUUUAUGCUCAGAUGCGCUGUCAGUGUGCAGACUCAUGAGCAUCUGUGACUGGUUCAAACUGACUUUGGGACCCAGGUGUCGAGACUACAGGCAAGGUGUCCUAACAGGAGAUUUAUGUGAGGAUUUAUGUGUGACACAGACUAUGGUUUACAAGCGCUGUCUUUACUACGACAAAGGGAAAAAAGUCAUCCAGGCUGAUUGGAAUGGUCAGCCCAUCAUACUAAAAUCCAAACUGGAGAACUUCCUGAGCUAUGAAAGUCUGUACCUAUUGGAUGAGCGAGAAAGCAGACCCAUUCCAGAUGUCGAUAUCCUUGUCUUUACUGCACUGGAAAUCAAGCACUCCUUGGGACUGGAGGUGAAGAAUGUCACAAUACCGCAGCUAUGGACCAAGCACCUAAAAGGCAGGACAGGCUCGUUCUCUAGGGCGGAGCUGUCUAGUAUGUGGUCCCUCUUUCAGCAGGAGGAGUAUGUGUUUUUCCAGUUGUUGCAAAACCUCAGUAAGCACGUUCUCAGAGUAAUUGGCUCCUGUGGACAUUUCUAUGCUGUGGAGUACCUUACAGCUGGUCACGCUUGGCACCGCAGCCUGUUCUCCCUUGAAAAGCUGGUCCCCCUUUCCUGGCGAGGCAGUAGCAGAAAGGCAUGGUGGCAGGUGACAAAUGGAAUCGCAUUGAGCUUCCUCGAAUUGGCCAGGCAUUUUGAGAAUGACUUUUCUCACCAGCUUCAUCUUUGUGAUAUCAAACCAGAAAACUUUGCCAUCAGGGCUGAUUUAACGGUUGUUGCGAUUGAUGUUGACAUGGCAUUUUUUGAACCCAAAAUGCGUGCCAUCCUUGAACAAAAUUGUACAGAUGAUGAAGACUGCAACUUCUUUGACUGUUUCUCUAGGUGCAAUAUUGAGACUAAAAAAUGCAGGGCAGAACGUUCAAAUAAUAAUCUCCAGGUCAGUUGUAAUCUUCUAUGGCUGAACAGUUACUCAUUGCCUCUCAAAGGCUCCUGUGUUUCAUCUUUCCAGUUGGCAUUUCUAUCCCUCUUUAUUGUUUGUUGGUGUAUUCUCAUUUCUCUUCCUAAAACAAAUUUCCAUUCUGCAUUAUCUGUCUCAAGCAUGAAUGCAUCUGCAACAUGGGGACUGCAGCAGAUCGCGAAAGUUGCUCAUUGCGACCUUCAGCAGGGGCAGUUCAGGAUGGACACCAAAUGCCAGCCUACCCUGGUGGCUCUCUAA